AUGCCGUCUCCUUCUCUUUUCACCUGCGACGAGUCGAGUUUGUACGGUUCCGACAUCGAAAAGCACGUAAAAGUCGGAAGUGGAAAUUCUCCAACUGUCAAACAAGUAAACUACUUUCGCAAUCGAACGGAUGAUGAUGAUGAUGAUGAUGAUGAUGACUCGAUCGCGCUCGUCUCGAUCGUGGCGAACGAACCGUUGCGAGAGAGUACAACGAGUGCGGAUGUGAAGACUGGGACGACCAAAUUUACCGUAUCGAAAGUGCCCUCGUCAAGAAAAAUUGCUUGCAUAUUUACUCCCGAAAAGGAAGGAGAAAGCGCUUCUUCCUCGCUUUCCGAAAGCGCGAAGAAGUACGUCACGGAAUGCAUUUUCAAGCAGUUCAGCGAGGACAACGAAAAAUUGUUCAGAAUCGAUGGCACGUGCGAGAUUUUCUGUCCUAUGAAUGGGACGAAUACUGGAUGGCAUCGCGACGGGUUCCAACGCGGAUGUUACGUCGGCCACGCGUUGUGCGAAGAGGAGCGAGAGGAUACCGCCGUCGCCGAUGAUGUCUGUGCUGCUGAUGAUGCAGCCGCGUGGUUUGAAUUUGCGCUGAUUAAAAAAGAAGACACAAAAGGAGAGAGCGACGCGACGCCGUCGAUUGACUUUUGCGACUCGGAACAUCUUCUCGUCCAACCGUCCAACUUUGUCGCCUUCGCGGCUCGCAACGCCGUCUCCAUUUUCGAAGAUUCUAAAAUUUUCCAUCGAUCGCCUCGAAUCAAGUCGUGUUGGGACGCCAUGGAACGCGGUCGGAGAAAAAUAGCUCGAUUUGAUUUCGUCGGCCGAGACGCAGAAAAUAACGUGGUACUUUGGAAAAUGAAGAGGAAGCUUAAGGAGAAGGAAAAAGCCCUCCCUCGAUCUUCGUCUUCGUCUUCAUCGUCAGCGGGUUUGCGCCAGCGCCGCUUCGCGUUGGGACGACGUCUUCUUCUUCUCCGCCAAAGCAGAGAAAAAUUGGACAACCAUAAAGAAGACGAAGAAGAAAUAGACGUCGACGACUUCGCCCGGUACGUGAACGACGCGUCCUCUAGACCUAGAUACUAA